AUGACUUUGAGCUGCCCUCCGAGUGAUCCUUUUCCUGUUCCACAUGAGUGGUAUCAGCCAGGUGGCCUCAUCAUUGGUGGAAUUGCUUCUCAGCUGAUUUAUGUAUUCUAUGAAGUUUUCUUCAAAGAGCACCCUUCACAAAAUCUGUUCCAGGUUCCACAUAUGAUGACAAAAUGCUACCAGCACAUACUUGCCUUGGCAUUUGCUGUGAAAGAGAUUAAUGAGAACGCCAAGAUCUUACCCAACAUCACGCUGGGCUUCCACAUCCAUGACAGCUAUCAUGAUGCAAGGAUGACCUAUCGAAGCACUAUUGACCUACUCUUCAAAUCACAUAGAUUUGUCCCCAACUAUAAAUGUGACACCCAGAAAAACCUCAUAGCCAUCAUCGGGGGAAUUAGCUAUGAUACCUCCUUCCACAUGAGAGACAUCAUAGGCCUUUAUAAGAUUCCACAGCUUGCAUAUGGUUCAUUUUACACUGAGGAGGUAAGAGAUACAAGUCGGAUCCCUUCAUUCUACCGAAUGGUGCCAAAUGACGCCCAACAAUACAUAGGAAUUAUCAGAUUACUUAAGCAUUUUGAAUGGACAUGGGUUGGUCUAUUUACUAUGGACGAUGACAGUGGACAAAAUUUCUUGCAGACCAUGGAACCUCUGCUUUCCCAAAAUGGAAUCUGCUCAGCCUUCACACAAAGAAUCCCACAUCAAAUCCAUCUUGAUAACCUGGAUGAAACGCAUGACAUAGCCUUAAAUAUGUAUGUACUGGUCACAGAUAAUAAAGUCACUACAUUUAUCGUCUAUGGAGAAUCUCUCACAAUCAUAUGGCUUAGAGCUAUUCUAUUUAUGCAAGAUCCAACAAUAUUUGACUGUAUAUUUCCAAAUCCCCAUGUGACAGUGGAGCCCAAAGAACUGUGUACUGGAGAGGAGAGCUUGGACAGUCUUCCACGGGCUCUGUUUGAAAUGGAGUUAUCUGGCCAUAGUUACAGUAUCUACAAUGCUGUUUAUACUGUGGCUCAUGCCUUGCAUAACACUUACUCACCUAGAUCCAAGCAGAGAACAACGGAGAGGAGUGAAAGAUUAAAACUUCAGGAUGUGCAGCCUUGGCAGUUACACCGUUUUCUUCAUGAAAUUUCAUUCAACAACUCAGCUGGAGAAACAAUGUUCUUUACUAAUAAGAGAGAAAUGGGAGGUGGAUUUGACAUCAUGAACUUGGUCACCUUCCCAAACAAGUCUUUCCUUCGAGCGAAGGUUGGAUGGGUGGAUCCCUACACUUUCAACAGAAAAGAAUUCACCAUUCAUGAGGACCUGAUUAUAUGGAACAAAGCCUUUAACCAGGUAUGGAAACUGGGCAUUCCUUUGAGCCAAGAUAUGGAUGACUGCAUCAGAUGCCCAGCAAAUCAGUACCCAAACCAGAAGAAAAAUGGGUGCAUCCAAAAAAGAAUAAGCUUUCUUUCUUAUGAUGAAUCUUUUGGGAUCAGCUUGGCCUCCUUUGCUCUUUCUUUUUCCCUGAUCACAACUUUGGUGAUAGGAACUUUUAUUAAAUACAGUGACACUCCCAUUGUCAAAGCUAACAACAGGGAUCUCACCUACACUCUCCUCAUUGCCCUCCUACUCUGCUUCCUCUCGUCAUUUCUGUUCGUCGGACGCCCUGGGAAAGUGACCUGCCUUCUUCGCCAACCAAUGUUUGGCAUUGUCUUCUCAUUGGCUGUUUCAUGUGUGUUGGCAAAGACUGUCACUGUAGUUAUAGCAUUCAUGGCUAGCAAGCCAGGGUCCAGUAUGAGGAAGUGGGUGGGAAAGCGGCUGGCUUAUGUUAUUGUCCUUUCCUGCUCUCUUAUUCAAGCUAGUAUUUGUACUGUGUGGUUGAUGACUUCUCCCCCAUUCCCCCAACUAGACAUGCACUCAGUAGCAGAAGAAACCAUUGUGCAGUGCAAUGAAGGCUCAGUGAUCAUGUUUUACUGUGUCCUGGGCUACAUGGGCCUCCUGGCCAUUGCCAGCUUCAUUGUGGCAUUUGCAGCUCGCAAAUUACCUGACAGUUUCAAUGAAGCCAAAUUCAUU